AUGUCUGCAGCUAUUCCCAAAGCCCCAAUUGUGCCUAUUGGCGCCCCUGAAGUUGGCCAGGGAGGCUACCAAGGUCUCAACGAGCGAAGCGAGGUCCUCCCAGCCGGCUGGAAAUACCCCGAUCCCAGAGCAAAGCCCCUCGACGCGGCAAUUCAGGUUGAUCACGAUGUGCCCAUCACCAUGCGAGAUGGUGCCGUUCUUCGCGCCGACAUCUAUCGUCCUCCUCCUUCCACUAGCGGCGAGGCCCCGGCGAAAGUGCCGGCGAUUUUGUGCUGGUCGCCCUUUGGCAAGAAGUUCAACGGGCUAAUGUCACUCUCUCUGAUGACGCCGUGGGACCUUGGUAUUCCAGCCGAAACCCUGUCCGGUCUCGAGAAAUUCGAAAGCAUCGAUCCAGCGACCUGGGUUCCCAGGGGCUACGCCGUGGUCAACAUCGAUAACCGCGGCGUGGGCGACAGCGAUGGUCACAUGGUCAUCAUGGGGAGUCAAGAGGCGGAAGAUGGAUACGACACCAUUGAGGCGCUCGCAAAGCUCUCUUGGUGCGACGGUACCGUUGGACUUGCAGGAAACUCUCACCUAGCCAUUGUGCAAUGGUUUAUAGCCGCUCUCCAGCCUCCGAGCCUGAAAGCCAUUGCACCCUGGGAAGGCUGUGGUGACUUGUUUCGCGAGCAGUUCGCCAGAGGCGGCAUCUACGCAGGGGAUUUGUUUGACCACCUUAUCGUCAAUUACAUGCUGAAAGGUCGAAACGGCAUGGAAAGCUUUAAGGAAAAGUUUGCCCAGCAACCCCUGGCCGAUGCCUGGUGGAAUGACAAGCGACCUGAUAUGAAGAAGAUCAAGGUACCCACCUACAUCACAGGAACUUGGACAAACACAAUGCACGGAAUGGGAGCUAUUAGGGGCUGGCUUGAUGUCGAUAACCCGAACAAGUGGCUCCGGUGGCACGGCACCCAAGAGUGGUAUGACAUGUACGGCAAUAAAGAGGGUAUGGAGGAGCUCGUCCAAUUCUUCGACCGAUACCUGAAGGGCGUCGACAAUGGAUGGGAAAAGACACCCAAGAUUCGUCUUACAGCUCUGAGAUUCGGUCAAAACGACCCCAUCGAGAACAUUGUGGAGGAGGAAUUCCCCCCUGCAAGAACAGAGUAUAAGCAAUUUUACCUCUCAUCAGACCAAAAGCUUGACCUGCAGCCUCCAAAGGAGAGUGCAGCGGUAAGCUACAACUCUGAAACACAUGACUCGGCGUCCUUUACAUACACAUUCGAGAAAGCGAGCCGGCUUUUGGGCAUGCCCAAAGCUGUAGUCUACAUGUCAUGCAAGGACUUGGAUGACAUGGACGUGUAUGUCUUUAUUGAGAAACUGGAUGCUUCUGGUCAGCCAAUGCUCAAUCUCAACAUUCCGUGGAAAGGAGUGCCAGUCAAGUCCUUCGACGAGUUCACGCCUCAACAAAAGACCGAGGUUGUCACCUACAAGGGCCCACUUGGUAUCCUCCGCGCUUCGCACAGGGCGAUUGACGAGAGCAGAUCGAUACAUCCAAAUUGGCCCUACCACCCACAUGAGAAGGAGGAAAAGAUCGAGCCUGGAACUGUAGUCCGUCUUGACAUUGGAAUCUGGGCGACGGGCAUCCAGUUCGAGGCCGGCGAGGGCUUGAGAGUCAGCAUCAGCGGCAGAAGUCACGCUGUCAGCAACUUUGGGACAUUUGACCAUGUCAAGAACAAGGGCAAGCACAACGUGCAUCUGGGAGGCGAGUAUCCCAGUCACGUAAUCUUGCCCUUUAUUUGA